AUGAUGGACAGCCGCAUCCUGGAGCAUCCCCAUGCCCAGUUCGGGGGCAUGGUGGGCUUCCCUUACCCGCUCGGCCACCACCACGUCUACGAGCUGGCCGGCCACCAGCUGCAGUCGGCGGCCGCCUCCGUGCCCUUCUCCAUCGAUGGAUUACUGAGCGGCUCCUGCGCCGCCUCCGUGGUCAACCCGGCGCCUCUCAUCCCCUCGGGCUGUGGGGUGAGCGGGGACAGCCAGCCCUUCAAGCUCGCAGACUCGGGUGACCCGGACAAAGAAAGUCCUGGCUGUAAAAGAAGACGAACCCGCACCAAUUUUACUGGCUGGCAGCUCGAGGAGCUGGAAAAGGCGUUUAAUGAGAGCCAUUACCCGGACGUGUUUAUGCGAGAGGCUCUGGCUCUCAGGCUGGACUUGGUGGAGUCCAGAGUGCAGGUCUGGUUCCAAAACCGCCGGGCCAAAUGGAGAAAGAAAGAAAACACCAAGAAGGGCCCGGGGCGGCCGGCUCACAACUCGCACCCCACGACGUGCAGCGGGGAGCCCAUGGACCCCGAGGAGAUCGCCCGCAAGGAGCUGGAGAAGAUGGAGAAAAAGAAACGCAAGCACGAGAAAAAACUCCUCAAAAGCCAAAGCCGCCAUCUCCACUCGCCCAGCGGCCUCUCCCUGCACAGCACGCCCAGCUCGGACAGCGACAGCGGCGGCGGGGGGGGGCUCUCGCCCGCCCCCCCGGAGGCGAAGCCCCGCGGGCAGCCCCCUCCGCCUCACCCGCCGCCCCCCGCCGCUCCCUCCGAGCCUCCCCCCGGCGGCUGCGAGCAGACGGCGGAGCCUUUCCACCCCAGCCAAAGAAGCGGGGCCGGGCGGCUCCAGCGGCCCCCCCCCGACAAGGACUGUGCCGCCGCCCCGUCGGGGGACGGCAGCGGAGGCGCGGGGGGGCCCCGCGGCGCCGGCGGCUUCCACAAGCUCAACCCGUUCAGCGUGGAGAGCCUGCUCUCCGACUCCCCCCCCCGCCGCAAAGCCUCCCUGGACUUCCCCAGCCUCCAGCCCUGCGCCCCCCGCACCCUGAUCGGCAAAGGACACUUCUUGCUCUACCCCAUCACCCAGCCGCUGGGUUUCAUCGUGCCGCAGACCGCCCUCAAGGCCAGCCCGGGCCCCGAAGCGGGGCAGCCCCCCCGGGACUCCCCCCUGCCCGCCGCCAACCCGGGCCCCCCCGGCUUCAGCGCGGAGCCGGCUCCCGUCGGAGCCCAGCCCGGCCCCGGCUCCACGGACUCGACGGCGGGGCCGGCGGCGCCGCCUCCCCCGGCCCCCGGAGCCUCGCCUCGCUCCGCGGCUUCUCACGGCGACCCCGCGGCGGCCGCCCCCGCCGAGGGGGGGUCUUUCCCCCGGCCCAAAUCCCCCGUCAGGGCUCGGGAUGCCAGCACGCCCAGGGACAAAUCGGACUGCGGCCCCGCGGAGGCCGGCGGCCUCGACGGCGAGGAGGUGGACAUGGACUGA